AAUAAUUCUAAUAUUCUAUAGAAAUUUCUUGGGAAAACGAAGAAAGAAACGAUUCCCCUGAAUCUUUCGUCUUAUUCUCUCCGUCCGGCCGUCCCAUCCUCGGAUUCUUCCAUUUCGAUCCACUCCAAAGCUUCCUCCUCCUCCUUUUCUUAUUACUCCAGAAAUCCGGACUGUUCCGUUUGUCUAAUAGCGCUCAAUUGUCCAGCCGGCAAGCUGUUUCGACCUUGCGCUCUGGAUUUCCGGAUCACCACCAGCAAUCAUAUAAAUGGAUAAGCAGCAUCCGAAUUCCAGGUGAUCGAUUGAAUUAGGGCGAGCGUGGACGCAGAAAUGGACGCCGGUAACCCCAGAGACGAAGAGUCGCCAUUAGUCGCUGCUGGUCAAAAUUCGCAGGUUGGUAAACCGACGAACCACACCAGAGAUGUCCAUAUUCUGAGCUCCGCGUUCUUGCUCAUUUUUCUCGCUUAUGGAGCUGCUCAGAAUCUCGAGACUACAGUCAAUUCGCAGGGGGAUUUGGGGACGAUUUCGCUGGGGAUACUGUAUGUGUCCUUCACUAUCUUCUCAGUGACGGCAUCGUCGGUGGUUCGAGCUUUGGGUUCCAAGUAUGCGAUUGUUCUUGGGACUACCGGGUAUUGGCUGUUUAUUGCUGCCAACUUGAAGCCCUCAUGGUAUACUAUGGUACCAGCUUCUGUUUACCUGGGCUUUGCUGCUUCAAUCAUAUGGGUUGGGCAGGGUACAUAUCUCACUUCAACAGCACGAAGUCAUGCAAGUGAUCACAAUUUGCACGAACCAACGGUCAUUGGCAGCUUCAAUGGAGAAUUUUGGGGCAUGUUUGCUGCUCACCAGUUUGUAGGAAACCUCAUCUCCCUUGCUCUCCUGACGGAUGGAUCGGAUGGAAGUACAAGCGGCACAACUUUGUUGUUCGUUGUGUUUCUAUGCUUUAUGACCUUAGGCACCAUUCUAAUGUGCUUCAUUAGCAAAAGGGAUGGCAAAAGAGGAGAAGCAGCAGCAGAAUCCCCCAACGGGUUUUGUUCUUCUUUUGUAUCGCUGACCAAGGGUAUCAUCACCCCUUUGCUUGAUAUACGGAUGUGGUUAAUCAUCCCUUUGAUAGCAUAUUCAGGAUUACAGCAGGCAUUCGUAUGGGCUGAAUUUACAAAAGAAAUUGUGAAACCAGCUAUCGGUGUCUCUGGUGUUGGAGGUGCUAUGGCAGUUUAUGGAGCCUUUGAUACCAUUUGUGCACUGACUGCUGGUCGGCUUACAUCGGGUCUUGCAUCAAUAACAUGGAUAGUAUCCUUUGGAUCUAUUCUUCAAGCUCUUGUCUUCCUCUGGAUUUUGCUGGGUUAUAGUUUGACCAGCGGUGUACUCGGCGUGCUGUACCCGCUCCUAAUGGCAGCUAUGCUGGGAAUUGGUGAUGGAGUGUUGAACACUCAGCUGAAUGCUUUGCUAGGCAUAAUUUUCAAGCAAGAUAUGGAAGGAGCAUUUUCUCAACUAAAGCUGUGGCAGAGCGCUUCGAUUGCAGUCGUCUUCUUUCUUAGCCCGUACAUCUCUCUGCAGGCCAUGCUCCUGAUCAUGCUGGUCGCGCUACUCGUAGCAGUGGCUUGUUUCCUGUUUCUGUCUCUCCAGGUAGAGAAAACUUUCUCCAAUCCUCGCGCUUCUUGACCGAGAAGUUGGUCAGUUAUCCUAGAUGUUACACCAAAGAUGGAUUGUUGUUCAUCUCAAAAUUCCUCAUCUGUUGUUGUUACAUGUAGCUUGCUGUAAUAUUUUAUCAUAACACUUGUUUCCACGUCUACACCUCAGCCCUCAGGUGGUUUUGAGUAUCUAUUUGGUCCCUCCAACUUGUAGAUAUGUAUCGCAUUUGGCAUUGAUCCCCCAUUUUAGCCAUUUCAACUUUCAUAGUCGAUGGAUAUGGUCAACUCGAACCAAUCCGUAUUGCAGAGUGGUUCUCCUCUGCCCGUUGAAUAUCUGCUGAACUCCCAACCCACUACAGAAAAAUUCCAAAUAUGAGUUGGGAAGUAGUUGAGGUUAGGUGUCCCUCCUUCCUACC